AUGGCAUUUGUGAUAGACUUGAAUACGCAGCCGUCGUCAGAAGAAAUUCACUCAUUUGAUACCCAUAUUGAUAUGGACGAUAUAAAUAUUUGUAAUAGUUCAAGCAAUUCUGCUACAAAGACUGAGUGCUCGACUGAGGUCAUAAUUCAUCCCACCAUUUCUGAUGAGGAGAUUUCAAAAGUGGGGAUGCUAUUUGGAACCCUCAAAGAAGCACGCCAAUUUUACUACAACUAUGUCAAUAACGUGGGAUUCGAGCCUCAUAUAAGAAACACUAACUUCAACAAGAAUGGAAGGACACCUAUUAACCAAUCCAUACAGUGCAAGCUUGAAAAAUGGAGACUGUCGAAGGUAGAAUUAGCUCACACGCAUCGGUGUGAUCCCAAUUUGUCAUGGAUGUUUAAGAAAAACAGGGAACUCUCCAUGCACGUUAAGGAUGUCAUUGAGCGCAAAGACCAGGCUGGUAUACGACCUUCGAAGACUUUUCAGGCGCUUGUUGAUGAAGCUGGUGGUCGUUCUAAUAUGAAAUUUCUUGAGAAGGAUGUUAGAAAUUAUAUAUCUGGUAAACUCCGAAUCAAUGGAGAUGAUACUGAUGCGAAAGAGAUGCUGGACUAUUUUACCAGGAUGAAAGAGCAGAACCCGAAUUUCUUUUACGACAUUUGUGUUUAUAGUGACAAUAGUCUCAAGCAUGCAUUUUCGACGGAUGCUCGAUCAAGAGCUGCUUACAAGUAUGAGAUGUCAGUUGCAGCAUUUGUGGGUGUCAAUCACCACGAAAGGUCAUGUCUUUUCGGGUGUGCUUUAUUGAUAUCUAUCAUAUUCACAAUAUGGGUCCCUAUUCUUCUAGAGCACAAAUUUGGGGCUGGCAUGAGGAGUACACAAUGGAAUAAAGAACAGCAGGAGUUGGAAUGCGAUGCAGCAGACAAUAGGGGCCUGAUCCCAUGUGUAUCGAACUCUCCUAUUGAGAAGCAGUUCCAAUAUGGGUACAACAACUGCAUAUUUUGCGAUGUUCAAGCCGAAUUUAUCAAAAAGUGCGACUGCAACCUGUCUCCAAGGGUAGUGAAGGACAACCAAUACUUCUAUGAAGUGACUCAACAGAAGAUAGUUAAGGGGAUGUCUAUUUAUAGCGAGUAUGAAGUUGUGUUUUGUCCUAUUUCGCACCAGGUUAGGUGCAACUGCUUCAGUGGGCGUCCAAUCUUCAAGAGACUCAAAGCGGAUGUGGACCGGAAAAUUAAGAAUGGUACUAAGAAACGUCGAGCUAGUAGUAAACAUCCAAAGGAAGUUGCAGUUGUUGAAAGAGACAAACAUUUAAACAAGGCCACCGAGAGACACAUUACUGCUAAUUUUGUUCCUAUUGAAGAAGACUGUUUCACCGACAACACCUUGUCUUCUAUCCCUGAAUAUUUUCAUCAUGCCACAAAUACGCAAAUGGAUUCCCUAAGCUCGGUUGGAUUUACAACAUUGUUGAAUUCGUUCCAGAACCCUUCUAUUCAUGCAUAUUCUUAUAGAAAUAAUGACUAA